AUGCUGGAAGUCAUCAGCAAUCAGCUGUCGUGUAAACAACCCGGCAGAUACCGAACCGACUUACCAGCAACGGCGGUGGUUAUUUGCUUCCAUAACGAAGCCUGGUCGGUUCUGCUGAGGACGGUUCACUCGGUACUGGAUAGAUCGCCGGAGCACCUCAUUCAGGAAAUUAUCCUCGUCGACGAUUACUCCGACAUGCCUCAUCUAAAGAGGCAGCUGUUAGACUAUAUGAUGAACUACCCGAAAGUUAAAAUAAUCCGGGCGUCAAAGCGUGAAGGAUUAAUCCGCGCCCGUCUGUUGGGAGCUGCCGCUGCUACAGCACCUGUUCUCACCUACCUAGACAGCCAUUGCGAAUGCACUGAAGGGUGGUUAGAACCCCUGCUGGACCGGAUUGCCAGGGAUCCAACCACGGUUGUCUGUCCUGUGAUCGACGUUAUCGACGACACUACUUUAGAAUACCACUGGCGCGAUUCUGGUGGUGUUAAUGUCGGGGGGUUUGACUGGAACCUCCAGUUCAACUGGCAUGCAGUCCCGGAACGUGAGAAAAAGCGGCACAAAAAUUCAGCAGAACCUGUUUGGUCGCCGACGAUGGCUGGUGGUCUGUUCGCAAUCGAUCGGGCCUUCUUUGAACGGCUUGGAACUUACGAUAGCGGCUUUGACAUUUGGGGUGGUGAAAAUUUAGAACUCUCUUUUAAAACUUGGAUGUGUGGAGGUACUUUAGAAAUAGUACCGUGCUCGCAUGUUGGUCACAUCUUCAGAAAGCGCUCGCCAUACAAAUGGAGAAGUGGAGUAAACGUGCUCAAGAGAAAUAGCAUUAGACUGAGUGAGGUGUGGCUAGAUGAAUAUGCACAGUAUUAUUAUCAACGUAUAGGUCAUGAUAAGGGUAAUUAUGGAGACGUAUCAGAGCGUAAGCAGCUGAGAAGUAAACUUGGGUGUAAGUCAUUCAAAUGGUACCUCGACAACGUCUACCCGGAGCUGUUUAUUCCAGGAGAAGCAGUCGCUUCAGGCGAGAUCCGGAAUCUCGGCGAAGGUGGAAAUACUUGUUUGGAUUCACCAGCUCGUAAGUCCGAUUUACACAAACCAGUGGGUUUGUAUCCUUGCCAUCGACAAGGAGGCAACCAGAUAAGAAACCUCGAUAAAGAGGUGUGUAUAGACUCGUCAGGAAAACCCGAAGACCUUCACCAACCGGUAGGACUCUGGCCUUGUCACCGUCAAGGCGGUAACCAGUACUGGAUGCUGAGUAAAAUUGGAGAAAUCCGUCGAGAUGAGUCAUGCCUGGAUUACAGCGGUACUGAUGUCAUCUUAUAUCCUUGUCACGGAAGCAAAGGAAACCAACAAUGGAUUUAUAACUCUCAGACGAAACAAAUAAGACACGGAAGCAGUGACAAAUGUAUGUCAAUAACAGAAAGCAAACAACGACUUCUAAUGGAAGAAUGUUCACCUAGCGCGCCUCGGCAAAGAUGGUCUCUAGAAAACUACAAUCCAUCAAAACUGUGA